AUGGCUGCAAACCACCCAAUCCAUAUUCAUCCCGCUCGACCUCUCUAUCGUUUCACCGCGACUGCAUUGGGAGCUAGCAUGUGGUUCUUUCUGAUGUACAGGGCGAAGAAAGACGGUCCUGCUUUGUUGGGUUGGAAGCAUCCUUGGGACCAUUGA